AUGACUUAUAAAUACAAUUGCUGUGAUGAUGGAUCAGGAACCACCGUUGGUUCAGUGGUACGAUUUGAUAACGUCACCUUGUUAAUCGAUCCCGGUUGGAAUCCAUCUAAAGUAUCGUAUGAGCAAUGCAUCAAGUACUGGGAAAAAGUGAUACCGGAAAUUGAUGUAAUAAUACUAUCACAACCAACAAUUGAAUGUUUAGGUGCUCAUUCCCUUCUGUACUAUAAUUUUACCUCGCAUUUCAUAUCCAGAAUUCAAGUUUACGCAACUCUUCCUGUUAUCAACUUAGGGAGAGUUUCCACCAUAGAUUCAUAUGCAUCUGCAGGUGUUAUAGGUCCAUAUGACACAAAUAAACUCGAUCUUGAAGAUAUUGAGAUAUCUUUUGAUCAUAUUGUACCUUUGAAGUACUCGCAAUUGGUAGAUCUACGAUCAAGAUACGAUGGAUUGACUUUACUGGCGUACAAUGCUGGUGUGUGUCCAGGUGGUUCUAUUUGGUGCAUUAGCACAUACUCAGAGAAAUUGGUUUAUGCAAAGCGAUGGAACCACACUAGAGAUAACAUACUAAAUGCUGCUUCUAUAUUGGACGCCACUGGUAAGCCCUUAUCAACUUUGAUGAGGCCCUCUGCAAUAAUUACUACUUUGGACAGGUUUGGCUCCUCUCAACCGUUUAAAAAACGUUCAAAAAUCUUUAAAGAUACAUUAAAGAAAGGUUUGAGUUCGGAUGGGUCCGUUAUAAUACCGGUAGAUAUGAGUGGCAAAUUUCUGGACCUGUUCACACAAGUUCAUGAGUUAUUAUUUGAAAGCACAAAGAUCAAUGCGCACACACAAGUACCUGUACUUAUUCUGUCUUACGCGAGAGGAAGAACUCUAACAUAUGCCAAAUCAAUGCUCGAGUGGCUGUCCCCUUCACUACUUAAGACAUGGGAAAACAGAAAUAAUACUUCUCCAUUUGAAAUUGGAUCACGGAUCAAAAUCAUCGCACCAAACGAAUUGAGUAAAUAUCCUGGUUCAAAGAUUUGCUUCGUAUCUGAGGUAGGAGCUUUGAUUAAUGAAGUGAUAAUUAAAGUUGGUAAUUCUGAGAAGACAACCUUGAUUUUGACCAAGCCGAGCUUUGAAUGUGCGUCGUCUUUAGACAAGAUACUAGAAAUUGUUGAACAAGAUGAAAGAAAUUGGAAAACAUUUCCUGAAGAUGGUAAAUCAUUCCUCUGCGAUAAUUACAUUUCAAUAGACACCAUAAAAGAAGAACCCUUGAGUAAAGAGGAAACAGAGGCGUUUAAAGUACAGCUUAAAGAAAAGAAAAGGGACAGAAAUAAGAAAAUUCUACUGGUGAAAAGAGAGUCUAAGAAACUGGCUAACGGCAACGCAAUCAUAGAUGAUACCAACGGAGAGAGGGCAAUGAGAAAUCAAGACAUUUUAGUGGAAAACGUCAAUGGAGUACCACCGAUUGAUCAUAUUAUGGGGGGUGACGAAGAUGAUGAUGAAGAGGAAGAAAACGACAAUUUGUUGAAUUUACUCAAGGAUAACUCUGAGAAAUCAGCAGCGAAAAAAAAUACGGAAGUUCCUGUAGACAUUAUAAUUCAACCAAGUGCCGCUUCAAAACAUAAAAUGUUCCCAUUUAACCCCGCUAAAAUCAAGAAAGAUGAUUAUGGUACUGUUGUAGAUUUUACGAUGUUUUUACCUGAUGAUUCUGACAAUGUUAAUCAAAAUAGCAGGAAAAGACCUCUCAAAGACGGUGCUAAAACCACGAGCCCUGUAAACGAAGAAGAUAACAAAAAUGAAGAAGAAGAUGGUUAUAAUAUGAGUGAUCCAAUUAGCAAAAGGAGCAAACACCGUGCUUCUCGUUACUCGGGAUUUUCUGGAACCGGAGAAGCAGAAAAUUUUGAUAACCUUGACUAUUUAAAGAUAGACAAAACGCUCUCCAAAAGAACAAUCUCAACUGUAAAUGUCCAAUUGAAAUGCUCCGUAGUAAUCCUAAAUUUACAGAGUUUAGUUGAUCAAAGGUCUGCAUCUAUUAUAUGGCCAUCGCUAAAAUCUAGAAAAAUAGUUCUUUCCGCCCCCAAACAGAUUCAAAAUGAAGAAAUUACGGCAAAACUUAUCAAGAAAAAUAUUGAAGUGGUCAACAUGCCAUUAAAUAAGAUAGUGGAAUUCAGUACAACAAUAAAGACCCUGGAUAUCUCCAUUGACUCCAACCUCGAUAACCUUUUGAAAUGGCAACGUAUCAGUGAUAGUUAUACAGUUGCCACUGUCGUUGGCAGGCUGGUUAAGGAGAGCCUACCGCAAGUGAACAAUCAUCAAAAAACAGCGUCAAGGAGUAAACUAGUCUUGAAACCAUUACACGGUUCAUCUAGGAGCCAUAAAACAGGUGCGUUGUCAAUCGGUGACGUUAGGUUAGCACAAUUAAAGAAACUUCUCACAGAGAAAAACUACAUUGCAGAAUUUAAAGGGGAAGGUACACUUGUCAUAAAUGAAAAAGUAGCAGUCCGCAAAAUCAAUGAUGCAGAAACUAUUAUCGAUGGUACGCCUUCCGAACUUUUUGAUACUGUCAAAAAAUUGGUUACGGAUAUGUUAGCAAAAAUCUAG